AACAUGACAGCUAUACUGCUAACUGACGCAUUCCAAUUCUGAACACACCCAUAAAUGUCCGCCGCAUGUCUAUGACGUCAAAUUGGCGAACUUAUUUGAAUCUCCGAAAAUCUAGACUAUGCAAAUUUUGGAAAAUAUAUCCUUAAACAAACCACUGACGAUCGAGUUUGAAACGCGAGGAAAUCACUCCGUGUGGCUUUAUAGUACACGAGGUUUCGAAGCACCUAAUGCAUUUUUUGGUUAAAGUUAAAAUUUGAGUCAUUAACUGCUUGAUGAUGCAGAUAGCUUCGAGUUGCAAAUCGUGCGUUUGCGAUAAGUGUCAGUUGUGCAAGGAGGAUGUCUUGGCUAAGAACAAUUUAAAAAAAGAAAAAAGCCAGACACCUCGACCGACUCGACAGCGCACCUUAUCACGAUGUCGAACCGCGAGAACGAAAUCUCGUCACAACUACGGCAGUGAUAACCAUCAUCGGCUGGACCAUACUUAUGCAGCUGCAACUACAAAAGCACGUAUCCCUCAGUCGCAAUCACAACCAACGUUAACCAUAGACGAGAACACCGACGACAUCAAUCUGAAGAGCAGCUGGCUACGGAACCUCUGCCUUGAGUACCAACCGGCCAAGAAAUUGCUACAAACCAACAGUUCGAAUGAUGGUGCUUUAAAGGACAUGCAAAAUGGGUUUCAUAUUUCAGAGACCAAUGGUACACUGAAGCAGUAUAGGAGAAAUCGGAAAGUUGUUAAAAACAAAGCGGAUCUUUCGUCGACGUUUCUCAGUAAGAAUAAAAUUGUCAAGUCCAUUCAAGAGGACAAGAAGAGGUGGAUAGCUGCCCUAGCUCUGAUGGAGCUUGCGCAGUCGAAAUGAUAAUUAACGUGGUCAGUCCAGUUAUUCUGUGAUAUGCGGUUUUUUUUUUACAAAAUGUUUAUGUGUAAGAUAUAUUCAGGAUGUAGUAAUUAAUAACGUUUUAACAAGUAUUAUUGUAAUUUAUUUAUAGAUUUUUCUGAGAAAUUUCAUUUGAAUGUUAAAAGCAAAAAAAAAAACGUUAUCAUACGCUAAUUAAGAAGUACACAUUAAAAAUAUUUGAGACGCAUCGUUUUGCUAUAUUACAAAUUUGUUAAAACGAUUUCUUAAAUAAAUUGAGCUUCAGUAUUCUUUU